UUUUUGGCAUUGUCAACGAAGUGUCAAACGAACUGAGAUGCUAAGCUUCGUGGAUGGAGUAUAUCUUCUGUGAAACAAAAUAAUUGUACCGAUAACAACCCAAUCUUUGUGUUGACUGAGACAUCAUAUAAGUCAAUUACCAUGGCAUCUCAUUUGAGUACUAAAGACCGACUUCUGGCGCUAAUUGAUGAUAUUGAGUUGAUUUCAAAAGAAAUGAUUGAAGUGUCGAUAGCUCCGAAACCUCAAAAACUUUCUGCGGCAGACCAUGCACAGUUAACAGAGUUAUUGCUCUCAAAAGAUUCAGAGUUGAAGAAAGCUUUAGAAUUAGCUGAUGAACAGGCUAAGAUUCAACAAAAAAUGAAUGACUUGAAAGCAGAAGUAGAAAAUAAGGAUCAAGACAUCUUCCAUUUACAAAGGCAACUAAAAGAUGCGGAACAAAUUCUCGCAACGUCAUUAUAUCAAGCUAGACAGAAACUUGCAUCAAUAGUUAAAUCUAGAAAACGACCGGUACCAUCAGAAGAAUUGAUUAAGUUUGCACACAGAAUCAGUGCAUCAAAUGCAGUGAGUGCACCUCUUUCCUGGCAGCCUGGCGAUCCUCGUCGUCCAUACCCCACAGAUCUAGAGAUGAGGUUAGGUAUGCUUGGCCGGCUCUGUGACUUGCCACUGAAUGGACACACUCCAUCCACACUAAAUGAACUGCACAGAAUGACCACAGGCGGAGUGCCAGCAUCAGCUACAAACCAGUUCACAUGGCACCCAUCAGGUGAGCUCCACAUGUCAGUUGGAGGUGGAAACUCGGUGUCCAUCGACAGCCGCGGCAAGGACGCGCCAAAUCAGGAAGAUGUGGAAGUGAUGUCCACCGACUCAAGUUCAAGUUCAAGCAGUGACUCUCAAUGAAUAAGGAAGAAAAUGUGUUUACGACACAAAUAAAUGUUGUAAUAACUUUGAAAAGUUUUUGUUGAAGUUCAAAAAACUGUGUGGAACUAAGUGAUUUUUGUUGGACAUUGCAAUAUCAGAUUUAAAGACUGUUUUUAUAUUAUAAUCUGUAAUGUAAUUUUAUGUACUAUGAUUUUAGGCAUAAUUUACUUAUUAAAAUACUAUUCAAUUCUUUGCA